GCGUGACCAUAAAGGGCGGAAAUGACGCUCUGUUUUCACAGGACUAAGGAAGUAGUCACUCACGUCAAUAAAUUCUCCUAAAAUGGGGGCUUGUCUGGCGUUGUGCUCUUUAGCAAGCUGUGCCUCCUGUCUGUGUGGCUCAGCACCAUGCCUUUUGUGUGGCUGCUGCCCCUCAUCCAACAACUCCACAAUCACACGACUGGUUUUCUCUUUCUUCCUGCUGAUGGGAACGAUGGUGUCUGUCAUCAUGAUCCUUCCUGGAAUGGAGACGCAGCUACGCAAAAUCCCAGGGUUUUGCAAGGGAGGAGCUACUGUAAUUGGUGUUGAAAACCAGGUCAACUGUGAGAUCAUCGUGGGCUAUAAGUCAGUGUAUCGGAUGUGCUUUGCCAUGGCCUGCUUCUUCUUUUUGUUUGCUGCCAUCAUGAUUCGUGUCCGUUCCAGCAAAGACCCACGUGCAUCUGUCCAGAAUGGAUUCUGGUUCUUUAAAUUCCUUAUCCUGGUUGGGAUCACGGUGGGAGCUUUCUUCAUCCCAGAUGGAACGUUUAAUACUGUGUGGUUUUACUUUGGCAUCGUUGGAUCCUUCGCCUUCAUCCUGAUCCAGCUGGUCCUCCUGAUCGACUUCGCCCACUCCUGGAACAAGAUCUGGGUGGGAAACGCUGAGGAAAGCAGUAACAAAUGCUGGUACGCAGGGCUGUUGACCUUCACCGUCCUCUUCUAUGCACUGGCCUUCGCUGCGGUGGUGCUUUUCUACGUUUACUACACACAACCGGACGACUGCGUCGAGCACAAAGUCUUCAUCAGCCUUAACCUUGUCUUCUGCAUCAUCAUCUCCAUUGUCUCCAUCUUACCAAAGAUACAGGAGGCUCAGCCGCACUCGGGUCUGCUGCAGGCCUCACUUAUCUCCCUCUACACCAUGUAUGUCACCUGGUCUGCAAUGACCAACAACCCGAAUCGGAACUGCAACCCCAGCUUGUUGAGUCUAGUCUCAAACAUCAGCACCACCCAGUCUCCAGCUGACAGUAACCCAGGACAGGUGCAGUGGUGGGACGCCCAGGGCGUUGUUGGGUUGAUCAUCUUUCUCUUCUGUACUCUCUACGCCAGCAUCCGCUCAUCCACCAACACCCAGGUCAACAAGCUGAUGCAGACAGAGGAGGGCAGAGGCUCUGGUGGAGAGGGAGUGGUGGGAGAAGAUGGGAUUCGUAGGGCCGUGGACAACGAGGAGGAGGGAGUCUCUUACAGCUACUCCUUCUUCCACUUCCACCUCUGUUUGGCCUCUCUGUACAUCAUGAUGACGCUGACCAACUGGUACGAACCCGACACCACCAUGCAGGUCAUGCAGAGCAGCAUGCCAGCCGUGUGGGUGAAGAUGAGCUCGAGCUGGCUGGGCCUGGGCCUCUACCUCUGGACCCUCUUAGCCCCUCUUAUCUUCCCCAACAGGGAUUUCAACUGAGCGCCUGAUGACUCUGCUUCAGCUUCUACAUGUUAGAGAUGCUCUAAAGGGAUGAUACGAAGCAUAUUCAUUCCUUUGCUAUUUUAGUGUUUUGUUGUUGUUGUUUUUCCUGACCGUGCUGGUGUGAUUGCUGCAGCAGUCAUUACGGGGGUGGGGGGUGUUUACGCUGAUCAUUUAGCUGUUUUUUAUGGAGGCUUCAGCUACUUUUAUUUAUUUUUAAGUUUCAGUAUCUUUGUGCUGACUUGAAGUCGCUGAACCCUGACGAAGAUGUGACGACCCUUUCUCUGGACCUCAGAUGUUCCAUUUACAGAUUCUCCUCUGUGAUUGGCCCGGCCUGGUCUGGAAUACCCCUUGUUUACUGCCAGGGGCCCGGCUAGGGGGCCCCUGCUGUGGAGCCCCAGCAUGAAGCAUGUGUGAAAGCUAGAUAAGACUAAUAAGGCACACCCUGCAGAUCAUAACAGGGCUUCCCCUGGUGCUGCUGAGCUGAACACACAGCCACGUCAUCGCACCUCAACCCCAGAGUCCGAAUGGGCCUGCAGUAUAAUCUCGGCGCUUCCUGGUCCGUUCUAAUUUGAGACUAUUUAUUCCUGGUGCUACGAUCAGGUGGCUCGUGUCUGACUGCUCAGCCUUAUGCCGCCACAGGAAAGCUCUAGACUUUUAUUUUCCCUUUUAGGGAUGGAGGGAGACUUGUAUCGAUCCAUGGUGAGUCCUGCAGUGUGCAGGUCCCACUAGUCAGACCAUUAACUUGUGUUGUUUUUCAGAAACGCCACCAUUCCCCAUGAGUUUGCCAAGUGAUGUCAUCGGUAUGUUUUCUAGUGUGCUGCUGUACUAAACACUUGUGUAACGAUCUAAUGGCUGUGUUAAGUGUAGUGAUGUGAUGGUGGCGAGACACUUGUGCAUUUAUCUGGUGGCGAGACUAAAAUCAGAACAGGAUCUGUUGAUUUUGUGCAUUUCAAAACAAAUUGUGGUACAAUCUUGAAAACGAUCAUUUCAUUUAAGAGAGAAAAACUGAAGCCAGACCUUGUGUUUCUCCUGCCGCGUUCACGAACGACGUUUCUGUUUGUAAAUCUGAUGUUUUUUAUGGUCGCAAUGUCAUUUCAUAACACUCAAGUGCCGUUUAGUAGUUCUGCAUUUCAGGAGUAAGGUGUGUGUGUGUGUGUGUGUGUGUGUGUGUGUGUGUGUGUGUGUGUGUGUGUGCGUGUGCGUGUGCGUGUGCGUGUGCGUGUGCGUGUGCGUGCGUGUGUGUGUGUGUGCGUGUGUGUGUGUGUGUCAUGCCUAGAGGCCCUGGUUUGGGAUGUAAAUGCUGUGUAAUGCAUUAACGGUUAAUAAAGUUGUGAGACUUUGA